AAUAAAAUUUAAAAUAUUAUGUAAAUUUUUGUGAAAACCCUUACGGGAAAAACUAUCACACUUGAUGUGGAGCCUUCAGACACCAUUGAUGCUGUCAAGGCUAAGAUUUAAGAUAAAGAAGGAAUUCCACCUGAUCAAUAAAGAUUGAUUUUUGCAGGAAAGCAACUUGAAGAUGGAAGAACUCUUUCAGAUUAUAAUAUUUAAAAAGAAUCUACUCUCCACUUAGUUUUGAGAUUAAGAGGUGGUGGUAUGGAGCCAACAAUCGCUGCUAUAGCCAAAAAGUACAAUGUUGAAAAAAAAAUUUGCAGAGUUUGCUAUGCAAGGUAGGAUAAUUAAAAUUAUUAUUAGAUUACCACCUAAAGCUCAUAACUGCAGAAAAAGAAAAUGUGGACAUUCAAAUUAAUUAAGAAUCAAGAAGAAGCCUAAGGAUUGAUAUAAUCAUGAUUAUUAUGAAUAAGUACAAUAAUACAAUAAAUC